AUGGCUACUACCACCACUACCACCACCAAUGCCACCACUCCUGUCCCAAUGGAUCCCCCUACUUACACCUCUACACCCGUAGAAGUUCACUUGUCGGGCUACAUCUUCUCCCUCGACGCUAUUGCCCAUCUCUGCGUCAAAGCCUACGGUAUGUCGGAGGAAUAUGUUCGAAAGCAGGGAACCAUCAACGUAGCGCAGAGAUUUUUGGACAAGCACAUCUCUCAAGACAGUCCCGAAUUCAUCCGUGUCGGUUGCCGAUCGUGCUGCAAGGAAUGGAACGACCCGACUUUUUCCCAACUCUAUCUUCUCACCUGUCGUCUCGCGUUCGUGGCUCCGCAAGCGAAGAUGCCAGACCUUUCUCUUGACGAGGAGACGAAGGCCUAUGCUGACUACUGGUAUCCUCCUUCGCUUCGAGGGCUGAAAGAGUUUUCGGACGUUCGCUACGUUCAAAUGCGCCAACCUACCCACCACGGAUUCACCAGAGCAAUGACUGGAAAGCAGUUCGAGUACAGGAUGAAGCAUGAAUCGAGGCUAGCCGACGAAUUUCUGGCGUUUAGAGCCCUGGACUGGAUGAAGGAACUUGAGGAAUAUGGGAGACCGACUUCGAUGAUGGAAGUCGUCGACAACGGCAAAGGCACUCCGGUCAUCCAGACUCUCUCGUGCAUGGUCUCCAUACAAGCGUCCAGAGCGUCCGCGCGCCAAGUAGCCCUCUCGCUCGUCUCCUCCUACCCCUCCUCGCCUCGAGCUUUCGGAAGGCUGUCACGCUUCUCCAUACUUGCGCUCACAAUCAACGCGGACAUCGCACCGAUGGCUAGCGUGACGAAACCCGCCGUCGACCUGCUCGCCCCUCGUCAAUCACGCGACUGA